AUGAAGGAUUUGUUAGGAAGAAUAAUUAAGAAGAAGGAAGGAUCUUCAUCGAUGUCGCCUCCUCGAUAUUCGAGGCUAGGUUGUGAGGAAGUGAAUAAUGAUGAUGAUCAAAGGCAAGAAGCUCAAAAAAGAGGGUACAUACCUAUUAUGGUAGGCAAGUGUGAGGAGGAAGAAGAGAGAUUUAUGGUGCCUCUUGGUUGGAUGAAACAUCCUUCUAUUGUUGAUUUGCUUCAAUUAGCCGCUAAUGAAUUUGGAUAUCAUCAACAAGGUGUCAUCCAUAUUCCUU